AAAGCAGCCAACAGCGCCCAUCAGGCACCGCAAGCAUCCUCUCACCUGGCCCAAUUCUUUCAGCACCAGCCUCAACUCCAUCAAUGCCUCUGGGCGAAUGGCACUUCACUCCCAGAGACCCCAUUGGCUCGGGAAGAUCUCCACCUGAGAAGAACCACUUGCUCACGGAGCCAUCUGACAGGCAGCCUGCCGUGGCUGAGCAAGAAUCUCACCUUUUAGAUUUCUCAUUGCUGAAUGGAGAUGAUCCAUCGCAGCCACCUCCCGAUCGAGAUCGUGCGACACUUGAAAGAUCUAUUGACACGGUUCGCCUGACUCCAGACCAAAUCGACCAUCUGUUCGAACAAUACUUCUUCCGCUACCACAAAUAUGUCGAGAUUCUCGACCCUACCGCGUCACCGGACCGAUACUACCAGGAGUCCCCACUACUGUUCUGGACCGUAAUUGCGAUUUCUGCUCGCCGUUACCCCGAAGAUCUGUCCCUACUAUCCUCCCUCUCUGCACCGGUAACAGGGUUAAUGUGGUCCGUAAUCGCGGUCCGCCCUCACUCCUUGCAGACCAUCCAGGCUCUUGUCCUGCAAAUCACCUGGCCAUUGCCAACGUCAUCGCCAUUUACAGAGAACAUUUACAUUCUUAGCGGCAUAGCAAUUCAAGCGGCAAUGCAACUUGGUCUUCACCAGCCCGAGAUAAUCCAAGACUUCUCCAGGACAAAGUCCGUUUUGUCACAGCAGGAGAUACAUGAGCGGAUCAAUGUCUGGGCAGCCUGCAACAUUGCUGCACAAACUACUGCCACCAGCCUUGGUUAUCAACCCAUCCGUCCGUUUGACUGGCUUGUCGACCGAUGUUGCCAGGCCAACACCAUUUACUCGCCGCCCGAGCGUCUCAGACAUAGCCUUAUGAUCCAGAGGUUCUCAAACAAGAUCGAGACCCUGAUCUCAAACAACGUGAUGCGUAGCCCGACCUGUCAACGCGGACAUGACCAAUCCACACUGAUCAGCAUGCUCGCGGGAGAUCUGGACGAUCUCAACACGCAGCUUCGGCACGGAAUAAGUGCCGAUAACGACGUCUACAUCACCGGUGUCCGCCUCCAAUUAGGCUUGCUCUGGUUUUUCGAGCAGGUAGGCGGCCGACUACGCCGCGAAGGCCUAUUGGCGGCGUUUUCCAGCGCCUUGGACGUCAUCUCGAAGAUAUCCGAGGCCGACGGCACAUCCGGCCUGCUUUCCUUCGCGCCGGCGCAGAUGUACCAUCUGUUGAACCUCGCGUGCUUCACCAUCACCAAGCUGCUCAGCUCCGGCCUCGCCCCACACUUGGAUUUCGAGGAAGGGAAGCGCUCGUUCAACAGCGCCGUGGCCUGCCUGCGCCGCGCAUCGGUGGCCAACAACGACGUCCCCGGCAGGUCGACGGAGGUGCUCACCAAGCUGUGGCGCGGGGUCGAGGGGGCCUCGAGCACGGCCCGUGGAGAAGAGCCGGUGCUGAGGAUCCGAAGCCGAGGGAGUGCCAGCGUGCUGCACGACGAGACGUGGAGGUUUCGAGAACAGUAUUUCGGCCAGGCAAACGCGUACCCCACCCCGUCGGUGGCCGGGAGUGACGCAAACCAUUCCGCCGGUGAGAUGAAUAUCGGCGCCAUCGACGUAGACCUGGGCUGGUCUUGGGGGUUCGACAUCGGCACCGCGCAAGAUAAAUGA